CCGUUUUCGAACUACUGGUACCUGUUCUACGUAUCGCUAAAGCCCAUCUUACCCCGGGCAUGCCGGGUACUCGUUUACAGAGCGCUGUGAGGUCUUGGUCUUGGUGAACGGCGCUGCCAAUUAGUAUUCACCCUGGAUUUUACCACACAAUCCAGGCGCCAGUUGUGCACGUGGAUGAAUACUCACCUCAUGAUGUUCCAGCCUCUCCGGCGGGGUGCCCUCGUUUCUGCUUAUCGCAGUUCUUGCUACCGUAGGGCAUUCUUUUCUCUUCCAAAUAUAUCACCCGAUAGUCCAGAGACGCAGAUAUACCAUGAGCGUAAAAUUCUUCCGUUUACCGGUCGAGCGACUUGUAUCAAAUUCGUCGCUGACGUCGAAUCCUAUCCCAAUUUCUUGCCCUACUGCACUGGUUCGAGGGUGUCCAACCGCAGUGAACGUGAAGAUGGAGUGAUACUCAUGCACGCGGAACUCACUAUCGCCUUCCUGACCUUCCGAGAAAGCUACGUGAGCUCCGUAACAUGCAAACCUUACGAAUCAGUUCAGGCAAUAGCAUCUUCGUCUACGUUAUUUAAGACGCUUAAUUCGGUUUGGAGGUUUCAACCCGUGUCUCCAAACUCUCCGCAUCCGUCCAAGACUCCGCUCAGUCAUACUGCUGGAACGUCACCCGACGACGGUCCUACGUUGGUCACUUUGGAUAUUGAGUAUGCGUUUGCGAAUCCUAUGCAUGCUGUUGUGUCCGCCAAGGUUUUCGGUCAAGUAUCUCAAUUAUUGGUCAAAUCGUUUGAAGCACGGUGCUUAGCAGUUUACGGGCCUGGAUGCAGAUGACGUGGUCAACGUUUCAUCUCACGAAACCCAUCCAUCGACGGCAGGGAACUUGAUAGACCAUUUGUUGAAGUGUGGAUAUGCGGAGCUAAUAUUAAUGACAUGGUGCAAAGUGGAAAGGACAGGU